AUGUUCAAGGUGAAGCAGAUGAAGUUAUUAAUCCAAAUAUUUAUUUCUUACUUUGAAAACCUCAACAUAGAUUUUGAAUUUGACAUUAAUGAGGAGUAUACAAGUGAAAUUUAUGGAAACAUUGAUGUCAGUUUGACUUUAGAGGAUGCCAUUAGCCAAAGUCAAUCAAACUCACAAGAGGAAACAGUAACACAACCAAACCAACAACCAAUAGGUCAGAAGAAGGAAUUGCCCACACAAACUAGAAAAUUAAUUGUACAACAAUUAACUUGUUUGUCUAAGGAACCAGAUAGACGUUUGCCAUGGGGUACAAUCAAAAGAAUUGCAUUGCAACAUAACACAUCUAGGUGGAUAGUAGCAAGGCUUUGGGAAUCAGCCAAAACAGCAAUGCAAAAUGACAUUGUAAUUGAUGUUAAUAGUAGAAAAAGGGAAAGGGUUGGUAGGAAACCAAGAGUCUUUGAUAUGACUCUCCUUAAUGUUGUUCCAAUUGAAAAGAGGACCACAAUUAGAGCAAUAGCAAGUACAUUGGGCAUUGGGCAUUGGGCAUUGGGUAUUCACAAGUUUAUUCUAUCCCAAAUAAGAAGAAUGAUGAAGUCCGGUAAUAUUAGAGCUCAUACAAAUUCAAUUAAACCAAAAUUGUCUCAUGACCACAAAAUAAGAAGAAUUAACUUUAUUCUUUCCCAAAUAAUACCACCUACUAUAAACAACCCACCAAAGUUCAGUUUGAUAUAUAAUGUUGUACACAUCGAUGAAAAAUGGUUCUACAUGAGUAGGGAAACACAAAGUUCUACUAAAGAAGUGUUGUGGGAUGGAAAAAUAGGAAUUUUUCCAUUCACAGAGACUUAUUAUGCAAUGAGGAGGUCAGAAAACAGACCAACAGGUACACCACAAUUAAGAGCAAUAACAAAAGUUACACGAGAUGAUCUUCGAGACAAACUAAUCAAUGAAGUCCUACCAGCAAUCAGAUCGAAAUGGCCAACAAAUGGGGUCAAAGAUAUUUGGAUUCAACAAGAUAACACCAAGCCACAUAUUUUAACAAAUGAUCAAGCAUUCAAUAAAGAAGCCAACAAAGAUGGAUUUAACAUAAGACUAUCAUUCCCGAAAGACCUCAAUGAUUUGAUCAAGGCGGUCAAUGAUGCAUACGACACUUUUGAACCAAAACUUUUGAACUACAUGUGGAUACAAUAUCAACUAUGCAUGAUAGAGGUGUUGAAAGCUAGAGGUGGUAACAAUUACAAGAAUCCACACAUUGGAAAACAUAGAUUGGACAUGUUGGGUAUGUUGCCUAGACAAUUAGAAAUUCCGCAAGAACUUAUAGAUGCAGCACGUCAAUUUUUAUCUCAUGGUAAAAUUAAUCUCAAUGAUCUUCCACAAGAUGAUUGA